AGGUUUCGUUUUCUAUAUGCAUAAAUCCAAACAGUUCAACACUGUUUUCAUACUGUCUGAGGCUACAAAGUGUGUAUAAGUGCAUUAACCAAACGCUCCAGUCAACAAGAGUCAGCAGGCUACCUUUUCUGUUUUAACCGUUUUAACAGGCUGGUGUCAUCCUUGUCACUCAGAAUGACCGACCCGGUUGUGAGGAGGGUAGUUAGUGAUGUCAUUCGCUCACCUGAGGACAAGCGGGAGUACAGGGGCCUGGAGUUUACCAAUGGCCUGAAGGCAAUGCUCAUCAGUGACCCAACUACAGACAAAUCGUCAGCUGCUUUGGAUGUCCACAUAGGUUCUCUGUCUGACCCACCGAACAUCUCAGGGCUGGCACACUUUUGUGAACACAUGCUGUUCCUGGGAACAGAGAAGUACCCCAAGGAGAACGAGUACAGUCAGUUCCUCAGUGAGCACGCAGGCUUCUCCAAUGCCUUCACCAGCAGAGAACAUACCAACUAUUACUUUGACGUUUCCCAUGAGCACUUGAAAGGAGCGUUAGAUAGGUUUGCGCAGUUCUUUCUGUGCCCAUUGUUUGACGAGAGCUGCAAGGACCGCGAGGUGAACGCUGUGGACUCUGAGUACGAGAAGAACCUGAAGAAUGAUACUUGGAGGCUGUUUCAAUUGGAGAAGGCCACUGGCAACCCAAAACACCCCUUCAGUAAAUUUGGAACAGGUAAUAAAAUGACACUAGAGACAAGACCAUCUGAAGAGGGGAUUGAUAUCCGUCAGGAGCUGCUGAAGUUCCACUCCACGUAUUACUCAUCCAACCUCAUGGGACUGUGUGUGUUAGGAAGAGAGUCGUUGGAUGAGUUGACGGCCAUGGUGGUAAAGUUAUUUGGAGAAGUGGAAAACAAGAAUGUGCCUAUUCCAGAAUUCCCUGAACACCCUUUACAAGAAGAACACCUUAAAAAAUUCUACAAAGUGGUUCCUGUCAAAGACAUUAGGAAACUUUAUGUGACUUUCCCCAUCCCAGACCUACGGAAGUACUACAAAUCGAAGCCAGGACGUUAUCUGGGACAUCUGAUUGGUCACGAAGGACCUGGAAGUUUGUUUUCUGAGCUGAAAUCUAAAGGCUGGGUGGACACAAUCCUUGGAGGACACAAAGAGGGAGCCAGAGGAUUCAUGUUCUUCAACAUCAAGAUGGACUUGACUGAGGAGGGCCUCUUGCACAUUGAGGACAUAAUCUUCCACAUGUUCCAGUACAUCCAGAAACUACGUUCUGAAGGACCUCAAGAGUGGGUGUUUAACGAGUACAAGGAUUUAAAAAAAGUUGCUUUCAGAUUUAAAGACAAGGAGCGUCCUCGUGACUGCACUUCCAAAAUAGCAGGUUUACUACAGUACUACCCUCUUGAAGAAGUUCUAUCAGCAGAGUACUUCUUGGAAGACUUCAGGCCAGAUCUAAUCGAGAUGGUGCUGGAUAAGCUGAGACCAGAACACGUCAGAGUUAUAGUUGUGUCAAAAUCAUUUGAAGGACAAACAGACAUGACAGAAGAGUGGUACGGCACGCAGUACAAACAGGAGGCCAUCUCUGAGGAGACCAUCAAGAAAUGGGCAAAUGCAGACCUCAACGGCAAAUUCAAAUUGCCAAUGAAAAAUGAGUUCAUCCCUACCAACUUCGAGAUCUACCCUCUUGAGAAAGAAUCUCCUUCAGUUCCCACUUUAAUCAAGGACACUGCUAUGAGCAAGGUGUGGUUCAAGCAGGAUGACAAAUUCUUCCUCCCCAAGGCUUGCCUGAACUUUGAGUUCUUCAGCCCCUUUGCGUACGUGGACCCAUUGCAUUGUAACAUGGCAUAUUUAUACCUGGAGCUCCUCAAGGACUCCCUCAACGAGUAUGCAUAUGCAGCCGAGCUAGCUGGCUUGAACUAUGACCUCCAAAAUACCGCCUAUGGGAUGCAUCUGUCUGUUAAAGGCUACAGUGACAAACAGCACAUCCUGCUGAAGAAGAUCAUCGAGAAGAUGGCCACUUUUGAGAUAGACGAGAAGCGCUUUGACAUCAUCAAGGAAGCUUACAUGAGGUCUUUGAAUAACUUCAAAGCUGAAAGGCCUAACUAUCAUGCCAUGUACUACCUCCAUGUUCUAAUGACCGAGGUCGUUUGGACCAAAGAUGAGCUCAGAGAGGCUCUAGAUGAUGUAACUCUCCCACGCCUUAAGAUCUUCAUACCUCAGCUGUUGUCGUGGUUACAUAUCAAAGCCCUUCUUCAUGGCAACAUCACCAAGGAGUCUGCUCUUGGCAUGAUGCAAAUGGUGGAGGACACGCUCACUGAGCAUGCUCACACAAAGCCUCUCCUCCCGAGCCAGCUGAUUCGCUACAGACAGGUGCAGGUUCCAGACGGUGGCUGGUAUGUUUACCAGCAAAAGAACGAGGUGCACAAUGAUUGUGGCAUCGAUAUCUACUACCAAAUAGACAUGCAGAACACCCACGACAACAUGCUGCUGGAGCUGUUCUGUCAGAUCAUCUCCGAGCCCUGCUACAGUACACUGAGAACCAAAGAACAGCUGGGCUACAGCGUGCAUAGUGGGCCACGUCGGGCUAACGGAGUGCAAGGUCUCUACUUCCUCAUCCAGUCGGAGAAGGCGCCCCACUACCUGGAGAGCCGAGUGGAAGCCUUCCUGUGUGCUAUGGAGAAAGCUGUGGAAGAGAUGAGCAAGGAAGCCUUCCAGAAACACAUCCAAGCCCUGGCCAUCCGCCGCCUGGACAAACCGAAGAAGCUGUCUGCUGAGUGUGCUAAAUACUGGGGAGAGAUCAUCUCUCAGCAGUACAAUUUCGAUAGAGACAACAUUGAAGUGGCGUAUCUGAAGACUUUGACAAAAGAAAACAUAAUGGAGUUUUACAGAGAACGACUGACGGUCGAAGCCCCAAAGAGACACAAAGUGUCGGUGCACGUGCUGUCCAGGGAGAUGGACUCCUGUCCAGUAGUGGGAGAGUUCCCCGCUCAGAAUGAUGUCAACCUGGCUCCUGCUCCUUCCCUGCCACAGCCCACAGUGAUUCAGGACAUAACGGAGUUCAAGAGGAGUCUGCCUCUGUUCCCCCUGGUCCAAUCUCACGUCAACCUCAGGGCAGCCAAACUGUGAGCGAAGCCGGCAGGUCGACACAGCAGGGAGGCACGGAGGGCGGCUCCUGCCAUCAGGGAAACCUUCAUCUGACGGAGCCUGCAUCAGUGUUUGUUUGCGUGGAUGCAUGUUGAAUGCAGGUGUGUGCACGUGUAGCAGGGAGGAGCCACUCAAAGAGGAAACAAAAGAAUCACAAAGUUGUUGAUGUAGCUGUGAUAAUGAUAGAGGUAACACCAGAAUCACCUCAUGUAACGUCUCUAAGAGGAGACGUAAGCUCACGCUUCACAGCACUGUGUAGGCUUGCUGUAGACGAAACAAGAAGCAAAACGACAAAAAAAAAAAAAGAGACCCUUUCAGUCCACACAUGCAUGGAAGAGUGCCUGAAAACUGCUCAAAUUUGAAAGGAGCUGUUUUUAAAUGGCUAAUUACUAAACCAUGCUCGUACAUUUUUCUUUUUUACUGCAUUUUACGGUAGUAUGUCACUCAGACAUCUCAGGGGUAUGUCCAUGCUUUUUGUUUUGGGGGUUUUUAAUUCAGUUUUUUAAGUAAUUAGAAUAAAAACAUUUAGUCUGUCAUCUACAUUAGUACGUUAUUCAAUUUACAGUGUGAUCAGUUUCUGAAAACUUAAAAAUAAUGGCUGUAGAGACAUUUUGUUUCUCUGUGUUGAAGCUUUAGGGAGGUCGUCAGGAUCCGUUCACUCUGCAUGAGAGACUUUCUGCAGCUGCUGCCUUUCAGAUUAGUUUGUAUCCUGGUCUGAUUUGAGCCACAGUCCUGGAGGAUCUAUCCUGUCCCCAGCUCUUAAAGCAUAGAUGUCAAACAAAGCAGCCCGCUCUAAAAACAAGAAAACAUUUUCAUUUUGAUAUCAACUUCUACUGCUUUAAAAGGCACCAUAUUACCUCGUGGUGAAAAUCCAAAGAACCAGCAGCAGAAGCAUGCCUUAGUCUAUUACUUACACAGCAUGUAGCUCCACAGCGUCUCAGGAGAGCUGGUAAUAAAGCAGUUUUCACACAGUGUUGUAGAAGAAACCAAUGUUACGUAUCAGGCUUGGGUGGGCGUCCACUGUUUAACGUGAAGUACCUAGUGAGUGGUUUUCAUUUAGAAAAUCAAACUUUUAAUUUCUUAAUAUAUUGAACGACUGUGAUUGGCUGGUGGGGGUCAUGGGCAGGUGAAGAGUGUUGAGUUUGGUCUUUUUAUGUUUCUUGUGUGUUUCUAAUUAAUAAACAGCUGAAUGGAAA